AUAAGUGUUGUGUUUUGAUAGACUUCAUUGUGUGUGUUUUAAAAUUUUAUUGUGAAUUUAGUACCUCAAUUUAUUAACUGAUGCUAAUCAGAAAGCGUUCUUCGUAAAAACCCAAUGUUCAAAUUAUUGUGUAACAUGACAAAAAAUAUAUAAUAUGGAAAGCACCUUUCUAUGCUUACUCUUGAGUGUUCUUGUGUCAAUAGCCGGACCUGCCAAUGGUUGUACAAUUGAAGGUAUCGACAACUGGCUCGUUGCAGAAUCCCAGCAUAUACUUGAUACAUUUAGAGGAAACCUUUGGGACCGAUCGACAUCAAAUAUCCAAGGUAUAAAUAGCAUUUCAUACACAGACGGACUGAACCAAGGACCCUAUGUGACUAUAUCAUUCGUCGACUCUAGGCUGGUCAUUUCAACAAACGAUGCAUUUGAAAACUAUGAGGAAUACGAAACAUUGGCGUCUAUGGGAUUUACGAUAAGUUUUAGAUGUUCUGAUGGUUCUACAAGACCUUUUGUGUUCCAAGUUGGCAUAAACGACACAAAUAAUAAUGAUCCGCAGUUUCGACCGACGAACGCCUACGCGUUUACCAUCGCACCACCAAUUCCACCUGGCUUUCUCAUCACUAACUGUGUUGACGAUAUAAUUGUCAGAGAUAUUGAUCUUACGACGGAGAGAAUUGACUUCGAGAUUUCGGGAAGUUCAUUAUUUCAAGUCACCUACGACGACUCAUCUACUGUCGCCAAAGAGUUUAAAGCUGCUUUGAGGACAACAACAUUGAUAAGAUCAAUCUCUGAGCCAAUUAUUCUCAGUGUUAAAGCUACGGAUGUAGAUAGAACUGGGGACCCCAGAAGAUCAGCGACCGCCACUAUCACAAUUACAGCCGACACGGAAUUUACGUUUCCUGAUGAGCCAAUUUUCUCCCAACCCUUCUACUUAGCCACUUAUACGGAUAAUGAGAUAAUAUUACAAGACUCCAUUUUCUUACGGCAGGGCUAUGACGAUCAAGUGGUAUUUAGUUUUGAUGGACAAUACUCUCAGUAUUUUGAUAUAGCCACAAAUGGAAACAAUGUUUAUUUUAACUCAAAGUCACCACUACCAGUUAAUUUGUAUAGAGAGGGUCACAUUUUUCUCGUCGUAACGGCAGAGAGAGACUAUACUAGCGGCGCUGCUGCUACGAUUGUUGUGCAAUUACCUGAAGCUAUCAACUUGGCAUUUGAGGCUGGGUUAUAUAAAGGGUCCAUCGAAGACAAUAAAUUAAACCUUGAGGAUUUAAAACUAAAGCAAGGAUACAAUGAUACUACUAUCACCGUGGACAUAACAAGUGAUUAUACAACUUACUUCAGCGCUAGCGUUAAUGCCAAUACCAUUACACUAUCCAUGGCCCUUUUAAGUGAAAGUAUUAUAAAAGAAAAUAAUGUGAUUAACUUACAAGUUACCGCAACUACCGCCUUAAAUAGUAGCGCAACAACUAUUGUUACAUUGGAAAUAAUAAAAGAUGACACCACAACCCCUGUCUUUGAAAGGAACCUUUAUAACGGAAGCUAUGAUCUAGAAAUAGGAUUGAAUCUAGAGCAAAUUGUUUUAAUACAGGGUUAUGAUAGUUCGGUUACUUUAACCUUGGAAGGAGAGCAUUCUUCCCUCUUCGAAAAAGAACAAAACGGACCCAUGAUCACGCUCGCUAUUUCGUCCUUGCCAUCUGAACUUUUCGCAGAACGGAACAUACUGGUUUUGGUACGUGCGACUAAGGCCAGAACUGUAGGAGCUAACACAGUAGUCCACAUAACUUUACCUCCAGCUAGAGAAUUGAGUUUUGAGAAGUCUAUAUACAAAGGAAAUUUAGAAGAUAAUAUUAUUGUUCUUGAAAAUAUUUUUUUGAGUUUGGGCUACGACUCGGACGUUAUCUUUAACCUCACAGGAGAUCAUGCGGAUUAUUUCAAUAUAAACUACACGAAAAAUGAAUUAUCGUUGGGCGUCCAAAAACCGCUAGAAGAUAUGGUUUUAGAGAAUAGCUUCCUUGUAUUAGUACUGAUUGCAUCGGGCAACAACGCAGUAACUGCUUCAGCAACAAUCGUACUGGAGAUAAUAAAAAAAGACAACGUCACACCUGUGUUUUCUAAAUAUAUUUACCAGGGCACAUACAUGAACAGCACUUACGUCGAUUUUGAAGCUAUCAGUUUAAUACAGGGUUACGACGAUACUGUAACGUUUGAGUUAGACGGAGAUCAUGCUAAAUAUUUUUCAAUGAAUUUAGCAGAAAACCACGUUAUGCUGACACUUAUAUCUGCCAUACCCGAAGAUCUGAUAUUUAAUGAAAAAGUUUUGCUAUUCAAUGUUAAGGCCGAAAAACCUUGGACUGUCGGCGCCAAUGCAGCCAUUAGACUAAUAUUCCCAGAAGAUCUAACCAAACCUGCUGUCCUAAAAUUUUCACAAAAUACAUAUAACGGCCUAUUAAAGGAUGAUUUACUAACUAUGGAGAACAUUGUUCUUGAAUCAGGUUUCACAGCGGCAACAAAGUUUUCGCUUAGCGGAGAGUAUGUUGAAAAUUUCACUAUGUCAAAUAGUAACAAUGAGAUUGAAAUAAAGCUAUCAGAGACUGCUUCACUGGAAGUUCUUAAAAUUAAUAAAUAUUUAAUUCUUGAAAUAGCUGCAACUAGGGAGAGGGCCGUACCAGUCACAUCAACUUUGGUAAUUGAUAUAUCAAACACACAAGUGAUUUUACCAGUAUUUGAGAAAGCUUUUUACACAGGAACAUUCACAAAAGACGGAGGACUGCAGUUCACAGAAGAAAUACGCUUACAAUUAGGAUUUGAUGAAGCAGUGACGUUCAAACUUGAAGGAGAUCAUGCCGAGUGGUUUUCCGUAUUCCAAAAUGCAAAUUCAGUCUUAUUACUAUCUAACGCAACAAAUCCAUUGCCCGAAGAAGUAUUUGAUGCCAACAAUCACUUGCUCUUUACUAUUAUCGCACAAAAACCUGAUACUAUUGGUGGACGAGCGGCAAUAUCUAUUAGUUUAUUAAAAGAAAUUGAAAAUACAGUAGUAUUACAGUUUGAACGUAACAGUUACGUAGGACAUAUAGAAAAUGGAUCUCUAAUAUUUACUGAUAAUAUACGAAUUAUAGAUACCGAUUUAUCAUCUGUUGGUCUAAAUUUAACUGGAGAAUAUGCGUCUUAUUUCACAUUGUCGAAGGAAUCCAAUAUUAUAUCAAUCAAUCUUCUGGAUAUACCUGAAGAUGACCUUUAUAGAAAUGAUUUAAUUAUACUUUAUCUGGAAGCAUCAGCAAGAAAUGCUAUUAGCAGUCAUACAACAAUCAUCUUAAAUGUCGUUAAAACAACAGAGACACCAAUUAUUCAACCACUGUUUGAACUAGCAUAUUAUGUUGGUGAAUACUCAAAAUAUGAUGGAUUAACUUUUUCUCAGACAAUUAGACUUAAGCAAGGCUUUGAUGAUACUGUUUCCUUUGAACUUGAAGGUGAUAAUUCGAAAUUAUUUAGCCUAAAAGAGGAAGAACAAAAUAGUUUCACUCUUUUAGUUUUGGACGAAGAUGGUUUAAGAGAAAUAACUGACAGAAGUUAUUUAGUUUUUUUAGUUGUUGCUAACAAAUCUGAUACAAAAUUCGGACGUUCAGCAGUAAUAGUUUCACUUAAAGUUUCUGACAGCAACGCCAGUGUUUAUUUUGAUAAAGUUCUCUAUAGCGGUAAUCUUAAAGGUGGAAUUAUAUCUCACGAAGCGAUUACAUUGUCAGGAUUUACUGGUUCGACUAUUAUAAUUUCUGGAGAUCUUGCAACUUCAUUCGAAUCGAGCUUAGCAAACGGCAACGUAGCUAUUGACGUAGCCACAUCAGCAGCAUUUCCUGAAAAUAUAACAUAUAUACCGCUUACUCUACAUGCAGACAUCGCCAGUGCUGUACUUAUAUUAGACGUAUCACCUUCAGAUCCCAACCUCCCCACAGUGUCGUUUAGCUCGACGUCAUUUUUCCUAUGGGCUGAUAUCAAUCAGACUGGCGUAAUCGGAAGGGUGCAAGCUACUGUUGACAACAACGAAGCGGUGCUUUAUUCAGUUACUGUAGACGAUGAUCUUCGGGAGCGUGUUUCUAUCAAUGCGGAGGGUGAACUUCUACUAUUAGCUACGGUUGAUAGGGGAAUAUAUAACUUCAAAGUCUCAGCUAUAGCGCAAAGCAGUCAAGUUUCGGCUACCGCUCCGGUACUCUUGAGAGUAGAUGCGUUACCGGAAUGCAGCACCGAGGAUGGCCUACCACCGUUAAUUGUUCUACAAAGAGUUGAAGAAGAGCCGCAUCUGAACUUAGUCGUACUAAACAAAACCGAUAAUAAAGAUUGCUGGUACACAAUAACAAGCCUCUGGCCAGAAGAUCAAUCAUGGUUGUAUAUCGAAAAUGGAGGUUUGCAUGCAAAGGUUAUUGACCGAGAGGACAAAUCAAUCGCCUUUAUGAUACAAUCUCAGAUUCAAGCGGAGCUAAUACUUCAUUGCGACAAUGAUAAUGGUAAAGCCAUUGUCAAGCGUUCAUUAGCCACAGAUAUCGGAUCAGGACUAGAUACUUAUAACUACGGAUCCAAUAAAUGGGUCCUUGCUGAUACAAUUAAACACAAUGCCAGGCGGAGCGUUGUGAAUCUAAUCGUCGAAGAUAUUAACGACAAUGCGCCGAUAUUUAACGGAAAAGAGAACGAGCCAAUUUACAUUGGUUAUCCAAUACCAGAACUCGAGAACACCAUUUUGCCACGAGCUCUAAUCGAGUUAAAGGCAACAGAUGCCGAUAUAGGGGAAAACGCAGCUUUAAUGUAUUUUAGCAUGGAAGAAAAUCUAGCCGUUGCAUCGACUACUGGCUACGUACACGUUCGGAAUAACGCUAAUUUACAAAAUGAUUCUCGCCUCACUGUAUACGCUAUCGAUCAGAAUGGAAGGGGAUUAAACGGCUCUAUAGAUAUUGUGAUUAAAUUAUUAGAAGAAAAUCAAAUUGCGGUUAUGACUGUCCAAAACGCAUUCUUAGAUGAUGAAGAUAACAUUUUAAGUAAUCUUAGUACGUCUGUCGGUUACGACAUCAAGAUAUUAAGGACAGUCGUAAUAUCUGAAAAUAAUGACAAGAGUGAGGAGACUUCAAGAAAAAAACGUGACAUUGCAAACACAUCUGGCGCAUCUUUGCAAUUGUUUGUCUACGGAAUAUCCGGAAACCAACUGAUCAAUGUUGACAAACUAACAAGUGACUUAGAUCAAGUAGUUUUGGUUGACAAAUUCCGAGUCAAAUCUUUAGAAGAUCAUCUGGAAAGUCUAGAGAUAUGUCCAGUUCCAGGACAAAACACCGCUUUAAUAGCCUCCACUAUUGCUCUUGCUGUGGUACUUUUUAUAACAAUUUUAGCAAUAAGUGGUUACAUCUUUAUAAAAUGGAGGAAGAAAAAAAACUAUGAAAAAUUUAGUGAUGCAAAUAGUCUGGCUUCUCGUGUUGAACCUGAAUCAGUACCUAAAAUUGAAAGUCCAUCAAAACCAAGACUAGAUAUUGAGGAACUUAAAAGAAGUGAAAGAAGGUUGCAAGAAAUGCUCGAUGCUCCAGUUCCAGCAAUAGCAGUUAACCCUCCAAAACAAGAGAUAAACCCGGGAGAAAAAUAUGAAUCGUCUGUGGUCAUACCAGAAGAAACACUAAUUAACAUUACAGCUGAUCCUCAGCCACCAAUAAUCAUACAAUCGAUUGAUAAACUUAAAGAUAUUACUGAUGAGCCAGAAGAAGAUGAAUUUGGCGAGGUGAAAAUAACAACACCAAGAAAGUCUGUGGUCACCUUUAAUGAAAAUGUAGAAAAGAUCAUACAUAUAGAUUACGAUUUGGAUGACAAUUCAGAGCCUGAAACUGAAGUUUACAGAUUUUGAUACACGUUUAAUUACAUUAAACGCAUACUGUAAUUUAUUUUGGUAAUUUAGCUUAACAAAAUAAUUACCUAAUUGAAAUAAAUGUCCUUAAAACUUUAACUUCUGUUAUCGGUUUUACAAUGUGGCUAAAAACAAACAUAUGGAUAUAAUGCCAGGAACACAAUAUGUGUAACACCCUCCUUAAAUCCACGCUACACAUCAAAUAGCACCUUAGUGAAAAACAAAGCAAAAGAAAAGAGAAAAACGAACAGUUAAUAAUGAUAUCCUUUUCUCCCGCACAAAAAAAUGGCAAAGUUCGUUUACAUAAAUUAUCUCCUAUCUCGAUAUAGUGAAUUUUAUGUUAGUUUUCAGUAAAAAAUUGAUUCCAUUCCACUGGCGCAUGGUGUAGCGUGUUACAAGUGUGGUAGGCCCCUAGCUCGUUCAAGUCACUGCCCUCUUUAUGAGGGACCCCAAGAUAAGAUCAGACAUCCAUAUAAAAUUAUGACUGUGUUUCGCCUAAAAUCUAAGUGAGUAUUGAAGCAGGUAGUCGCGCGAAUAAGUUAUAUUAAAUUUUAUACUUAAGCAAUAUUAUAAUAGAAACAAAAACUAUAUUUAGAAGCGCAACAAUUAACGUUAAUUAUUAUAUAUGCAAGAUGUUUUUAUACUUUGUUUAGAAAUUUGACGGCAGUCGUAAGGUAGAUUACUGGAUCUUAUUAGAUCAGUUAACAUCAAAUCUCACACUCAUAGAUACAUCUGUAAUUUUUAACAAAGAGUGUGGUAACACUUUGAGCAAUAAUACUGUUAAUUAUACUAUUAAUAAUUAAUGGCUUUUCGCAAUUUUGAUACUCCUUUAGGUACUUCAAAUCUAGGGUACAAUGAGAUAUUGAAGUUUGGUUAAGAAAAUUUCCUACCAAUUUUUUUUCGAAAUAGACAUUUUUUCAAUGGAAUCCUCUGAAAUUUCGCUUAUGUAUUUCAUCAUAAAUAUUCUAAAUGGUAAUGUCUGAUUUUGUAUAGAAUUUGCAUUUUGAUUGAGGUAGCUUUCUGGAGACAGGCAAAUGCCAUCGCGGAAAAAAAUCGAAAUCUCACGGGAAAUCAGAUAUUAAAUAUUAAUUGCAAGCGUCCAUUUCUGUUUAGCGAUAUCACUCCAAAUUUCUAUCAAACCUAUGUUCAUGUCGUUGUUGUUUUUGUUUCAUUCGGAAGCUUAAUCUUUUUAGACAAAAAUUUUACAUAGGGAAUAAUUUUAAACCCACGUCAAGAACACAUAACAAGAAAGAGAAUAAAAGAUAAAACGUAAAGAGAAGGAAAAAGAGAGUUUUUCAUUAUUUAUCUUAUACAAAUCGCACAUAUAUAAGUAUGCGAUAGAAGUAAAACUUCUUAAAUUAAAUCUAAUUAAAACCACCCGUUCAUAACAUACUCGUAACAUGAUCCCCGGCAUCGCUGAACGCUCUACGAAUUUUCUAUUUUGAUGAUCUCAGAAUGCUUCUUUGCUUUCCGUGUUUUUGGAGUUCAUAUGGAAUGUUUGCGACGACUCAUAUAUAUGUACCUACUCUUAUAUUAUAAAACGUAUGCU